GCUUGACCCAGAGCCCUAGUGGUAGCCAAUGGGAAGAUGUGUAGUUACCAAUCUCUGUGAGCGGUAGAGCCUUUGCAAACAUGGUACUCGAAAGUACUAUGGUCUGUGUGGACAACAGUGAGUACAUGCGGAAUGGAGACUUCUUGCCCACAAGAUUGCAAGCCCAGCAGGACGCUGUCAACAUUGUAUGUCACUCCAAGACCCGCAGCAACCCUGAGAACAACGUGGGCCUAAUCACAAUGGCAAAUAACUGUGAAGUGCUCACUACGUUGACCCCUGACACGGGGCGGAUCCUCUCCAAACUGCACGCUAUCCAGCUGCGUGGCACCAUCAGCUUCUGCACAGGCAUUAGGGUGGCGCACCUGGCUUUGAAACACAGGCAGGGGAAGAACCACAAGAUGCGCAUCAUUGCGUUCGUGGGAAGUCCAGUGGAGGAUAACGAGAAGGAUCUGGUUAAAAUGGCCAAACGGUUGAAGAAAGAGAAAGUCAGUGUGGACGUAAUCAACUUCGGUGAAGAGGAGAGGAACACAGAGAAGCUGACUGCUUUUGUUAACGCCCUGAAUGGGAAGGAGGGCGGAGGCUCCCACCUGGUGACCGUGUCUCCGGGCCCGAGCCUGGCCGACGCCCUGCUGUCCUCUCCCGUCCUGGCUGGGGAGGGAGGCUCUGUGCUGGGCCUGGGGGCCAACGACUUUGAGUUUGGAGUCGACCCCAGUGCGGACCCCGAGCUAGCACUGGCGCUGCGCGUGUCCAUGGAGGAGCAGAGACAGCGUCAGGAAGAGGAGGCGCGCAGGGCAGCUGUUGUGUCUACAGGAGACGUCAGCGUCCCCACUCCCACCGGAGACGAGUCCGACGAGGCCCUGCUGCAGAUGUCGGUGGCACAGCCGGAGACGGGCUCCCCAGGCCUGCCGGACUUCAGCCGGAUGACAGAGGACGAGCAGAUUGCCUAUGCCAUGCAGAUGUCCCUGCAGGGGGCUGGUGGUGAGUAUGGUGAAGCUGAGUCUUUGGACAUGGACACUGGGGCCCCCAUGGAGACUGCAGAAUCUGUUGUUAAGGAGGAAGACGAUUACGACAUGCAGGAUCCGGAGUUCCUGCAAAGCGUCUUGGAAAACCUGCCAGGCGUGGAUCCGAACAACGAAGCCAUUCGCAACGCCAUGGGCUCCCUGGCUUCACAGACAGGCUCCAAGCCACCUGAGGACAAGAGGGAUGAGGAGAAGAAAAAAUGAGACCUACACUGAGACCUCACUAACUGACAAUUGGACCAGCACACAUUUAAAACCUGAAACAAACAUGAUCUCAUGACGCACACAUGCACGUGCACACACACACAUACACACACACACACACCUUGUUGUAGGUAAUUCUGAUCAUGACUGAUUGAUGACCUCAACGAAAACGUGUAAACACACAAACGCGUUUCCCCUUAUGUACUACGUAUCCGCCUUGUUUUUUCUUUUUUUUUUGCAUUGCCAUUAAAAAAAUGAACAAAU